AUGAGCCUCUCAGUCUACUCAUUACCUGCCCAUAUUUCCUCCGAGUCCUCAGGUUCUUCACCAUUAUCUGACAAUGUUAUCAAUACUGCUACGCUCUCCCAUUCCAUUUAUGAACCUCUGACCUCAGGCAAGAUGGCACUUGGCCACUAUCCUCCUGCACCUAAAGAUUCGGAACCUUGGAACAUCGCGCAGCCAACUCGAAGAAAUACGAUGACUGAUUCUUCUAUACUACCAAGUACACCGCCGCCGCCACAAGUUGGAUUGAUUGUAACCGAGGAGCUCCAACAGGCGCUUAAAGAUUGUAAGGAGAAAGUAGAACGGAUAGCAAAAGAAUGCAGGGCAGCAAACAGGAAGUUCCGCGACAUCGAAUUUGAUUUAGAGAACGACACAGUGAGGUGUUUGUACGGCUUAACGGGCGACAAAACGACCAAUCCUCCUGAUGUACGAAGAGUGUCCGAAAUCUUCGAGGAUCCAAAGUUUUUUGUCGGCGCUCCUCACUCGAGUGACAUUGUUCAGGGAAAGCUGGGCAAUUGCUGGUUUCUAUCCGCACUUGCAACUAUGGCGGCCUUCCCAGGUCUGGUAGAGAAAUCGUGUAUAGGCCGCGAUCAGGAAGUUGGUGUCUACGGCUUCAUAUUCUUUAAAAAUAGUCAGUGGGUGAAUGUUGUGAUUGAUGACCAGUUAUUCUGGUCUCUUCCCAAGUUCGAAGGUCUUAGCCAAGAGGAGAAAUCCCUCUAUCAUGAUGAUAAAGACCUCUACAAUAGCUUGGCUAGGAAGGGGGGGAAAGGUCUGUAUUUUGCGCGCUCGGGGACCAGCGGAGAGACGUGGGUACCAUUGAUUGAGAAAGCAUAUGCCAAACUACAUGGCGACUACGCCUCACUUAAUGGGGGAAGAAUGAAUGAGGGUGUCGAAGAUCUUACUGGGCGCGAUAUACUUGAUCCAGAUAAAUUCUGGAAGGAUGAGUUGCUCUACUCAAACAACUCAGAAACUCAUUUGUACGGUGUCUCGUUCCCCGCUUUAACGGAAUGGCGAAGUGGAAAUUCUGCAGCGACGGUGGGCGGCCUUUACGGUAGCCAUGCUUAUUCCAUCCUCAGGGUUAAGGAAUGUCGUGGGAGGAGGUUUGUGGUCUUGCGAAAUCCCUGGGGUAAAGAGGAGUGGACAGGAGCAUGGUCCGACGGCUCCAAAGAAUGGAAUGGGGAUGAAGGCCGUGCGAUCCUCACAGAGCUUGACCACAUCCUAGGUGACGACGGCGAGUUUGUCAUGGAGUGUAUGGGCCUCAGUUCAGCGGACAAUUAUAUUGGACUCCAGCUGGGUUAUGUCGACGUAUUGGCUUCGGCUUCCUCCCAGAUCUCCGCUAUGCUCAUGGAGUCACGGAGAGGUCUCUACUUCGAUCUGCCCAAAAGAACAAGCGCAAUCAUUGCACUUACAUCUCUCGACGAACGGUACUUCAAGCAUAUUACUCACCAGCAUCAGUACCACACUCUAGAGUUUGUACUCUACAGACUUGAUAAACAGGAGACGCAAAACCACACAUACAGUGGGGCGAUCUGUGAGAGAAGCGUAAGCUGUGAGCUCGAAUUAGAAGCUGGUAAAUAUGCGGUAUAUCCGAGGAUUGAUCGUUUAUACUAUGGUGACACAACAUACUUUGAGGAUAGCCUGCCUACAAUGGACUACCGCAAGUUAUCUCGCAUGCUGUCCCAGCGAGUUGAGAGCAGAAUGAUAGCAUCCAACUAUACACUCGGGGAGGAGAAGAAAUUUCUACCAACCUCGUUGCGUGCGAUUAUAGAACGAGAUUUACAGUCCCAGAUACCCAAUAGCGCAGAGAACCCGGCACCAGACACGAACAACCUCACAAAGACUACUACGACUACUACGACUACCACAGUCACUACCGUAAAGAGGACCGUGGGGACACCCGCCAAACCCAGACCACAGAAUGAUUCAGCAGCACCAUACGACAUUUCGCAACACUCCCCUACAUUGUUUCCAAAACACAACGCUUCAACAUCUGAAACUCCUGGUAUAUCUACCGCAGUCACAGAGGCCCCUGCUUCGGAUGCUGCUCACAGCAAUUCCAUUACGUACGAGGAUGAGAAGCAACUAUCCCUGGUUUUAGGACUACGGGUGUAUACAAAGAAGGACGCCGUGGCGGUGGUCACUGGUUCCGUCUUAGAUAUACCUCGGUAG